CUUCCAGUAAGUGUGGACAGACUUCUUUGUGGAUUCAUCAAUAUAACACUACGGACAAGAGCUGAAGCUACAGUAAUUCAAAAGGUAUAUUCAUUGAUUUAAACCCUGAACCUCUCAUCUUUAAACCUGCUCUUCUUUUUGCCUCUUCUUUACUGUUUUUAUUUAGCAGUGAGACAACAGUGUUGUAUUCUUGGUUUUGUGUUGACUAGGUGUCUCGAAGAUGAGCCUGCACCUGUGGUGUUUUUUGUUGCUGUUUCUCUGUAGCAGUCAAGAGAUGGUUGUGGAGAAAACCAGGCCAGCGAGGUAUGUUUGACUGAAUGCUGAUAUUUUGUUGUAAAAAAAAAAAAAGAAAAGUAUCAAUUGUACAAAAUCAUUGUAUAUUAGUAUCAGUAUUGUAAAAGCUAAAAAAAAACAGAAAAUUGUCAGGUAAGCGCUUUAACUCAUGGAUAUUUUUUUCUCAGGUGGCGCUCAUUUCAAAUGGAAAAAGGACAAAACGUCAUCCGAAACUUCAAAAGGCAUUCAGAUGGGACUUUCACCAGUGACUUUACCCACUUUCUGGACAAAAUCAAAGCUAAAGAUUUUGUGGAGUGGCUGGCCAGAACGAAACAGGAAGGGUGAGCUCAAAGACCUUUAUUCCAAAAACAAGCUUUUAUGCUGAAUAUGUGAUGGAAAAACUGUAUGAGGGCAGAGGUUAUACAAGGAAGCUGCAAUUCACAGUCUAGAUAAUUCAAUAUUUUUUCAACGUUCACCUGUAGACCAGAGUGACUAAAAAUCUCUGUAUAAUUUUUAAUUAAUUCAAAAUGUUUCACAUGUUGUAUCAGUAUUUUUUACUGAAACAAUCUUUCUUUUGUUUGACUUAUGCUCUUAUUUUAUCUUAUUGAAUUUCACCUCAGAGAUAAAUAAAGUUCUUCUUAUCUUAUUUUCUGUUUACAGAUGUCAUGAGGACCUUUUCCAGAUUGCAGCACAAGUUUAAAACAGUCCAAAUUACAUGUACUAUAUGCUUACUUCAAGUCAUCUGGCAGCAUUAAAGAGGAUGAAUGAACUGGAAGAAGAACCUCUUUCCAGUCAUUGAUGGUACUCUCAGAUAAAAGGUGCAUUUUGUUUUUUUGUGAUGAGUAAAUGAGCAAAUAUCAAAAUGUUCAACUUCUUUUCUUGUGAUUAUUUCACAUUGCCUGGAUCAUUCAAAGUUGAGGUAUUUCUAGUUUCCAUUUAUUACUACCACAAAGAGCUCAGGGUGUACUUUUCUUUGUUUUCUAAAGAAGGACUAAUACAGAAGGACUAGACAAUUUAUUUUUAGAUUAUCACCUACACUUUGAAUGGACCUGUUUGACUUUGAUGGUCUAAAAAUAAAAUAUUUUUAAGUGGCAAUGUUUGUGUAUUGAUAUUGUGUCUAAAACAGUAUACAUUACUGUUAUGCUGUCCAAAGGAAAUGAUUGGAUGAUGCUUUAUUUAAUAAUCAGCUCAUACAAAGGGUGUUGUACAUGCAUACACCAGAGGAAGGUGCUGUUGUCCAGAAAAUUAUAAAGCGGCGCAGGCUGAUUUUGGAAACCUUAUAAAAAAAAAGACAAGACUGUGUAGGUGUGUAGGCAUUUGUUUUGUUUUCUUUUACUUACUGUAUAUAGCACACUCUUGGUUCAU